AUGACUAUGAUAGAUGGAAAUAAUAAAUUAUGGAAUGCUCGAACAGCUGGUAUUGUUCCACAUGAUAAUAUUUAUUAUGGAAAAUGUUUAAUUGGUGGUGCACUUGCAUGUGGUUCAACACAUUUAUUUAUAACACCACUUGAUGUAGCUAAAUGUAAUAUGCAGGUUGAUCCAGGAAAAUAUAAAAACUUAUUUGGUACUGUUAGAACACUUAUAAAUAAAGAAGGUAGUCGAGGAAUAUGGAAAGGAUGGGAACCAACAAUUUUAGGUUAUUCACCUCAAGGUGCUUUAAAAUUUGGUCUUUAUGAAGUUUUUAAAGAUGCUAUAUCGAAUUUUGUUGGUUAUGAUUAUGCACAAAAAUAUCGUGGAUUAAUUUGGCUUGGUGGAGCUGCAGCAGCUGAAUUUUGUGGUUGUCUGGCAUUAUGUCCAAUGGAAAUGGUUAAAGUUAAAGUUCAAACAAGUCCACCAGGUACAUUUCCAACAGGAUUAAUACCAGCAACAAUUGCAAUGAAUAAAAAUAGAAAAACAACACGUUUUCCAUAUGGAUCAAUUGUACCAUUAUGGUCAAGACAAAUUCCAUAUACUGUUACGAAAUUUUAUUUUUUUGAAAAAACUGUUCAAAUGUUUUAUACUCAUGUAUUUACAGAACCAAAAACAAAUUAUUCUAAAACAACACAAUUAGGAAUAACAUUUGCUGCAGGUUAUUUAGCUGGAAUUCUUUGUGCUAUUGUGUCUCAUCCAGGUGAUUCAAUUGUUUCAUUAAUGGCUAAGCCAGAAUAUAAAAAUAAAUCAAUGAAAGAAAUAACGAAAGAUUUUGGUGCUUGGAAUUUAUGUACGAAAGGUCUUGGACCUAGAAUUAUUAUGAUUGGAACAAUUGCUGCUUUACAAUGGUGGAUUUAUGAUACAUUCAAAACAGCUAUGGGAAUGGGUACUACCGGUGGAAAAUAG